AACACACAAUAUAUUGGUAAGUUUCUUGAGUCUAAAUUUGUUCUAGUUUCCUUGGCAACUAUAGUUUAAGGCACGAGAGCUAAUACCCGAGAAUUCCAUCACAACUUCCUUAUAUGGAUAACGAGUGAAGAUGCGCGUGCUCCUUCCUGCACAGAAGCCUUGCCAUCAUUGCCAAAUUACCAGAUGUGUACGUCUGAAAGCUGAUCUAGGUAUGGGUUAACACCACCAUAUAUGGGAUAUGGAGACCUAUUAUCGUAUCCUUUCAAUGACUUUUCACUCCAAUUGGGAAGUAGGCCUCUUAGAAUUAGACGAAAACAAACUUUUAUUGCGCGAGGGAAAGUUCUUCUGUGUUGCCAAAUAUGUGAUUGGUAGGAAGAAGAUGUGAAUUUACUGUGCCCCACAGAAACGUAAAUAAGGCGAAAAUACAGCUCAAGAAAUUAUACAGUGGAUUCAUUUGUUAUGUGGUGAUAUUUGGGGAGGUGUGGUCGCGUGGCAAACUUUUCAUGUGAUCAGUUCGAGAAUGUAACUGUUGGAAACAUUCCACUUCUAGUAAAUAACGGCAAACUGCACGUGCAUAUUCGCGUGCAUUACUCCAUAUACGAUAGUGAUGUCCUAGUAUUCCGAUUUACUGGAUAUAGAUUAGUGAUCCCCGUGUUUUUAAUUUCAACCAUUUAUUAUUCCAAUAAUUCCUGGAUUACACGUUUUAACUUCCCACCCCCAAUUUAGAAGUUUUAAUAAGGAAGAAUGUCAUCCAGACGAAAGAGUAACAAACCAACAAACAGGAGAUCUUUGGAUAUAAAAACACCACAAGUAUUAAACAUGGCUGGAUGUGAUGAAGAAUCGGAUGAUGAACAAUUAACAAUACCCCCAGAUCUAUUUCAAGAUUUUCUAGAACUCAAAUCUUCUACUCACCUUAAUACAACUCAAUUAAUGAGAAAACUCCUUAAAGAAUACCACAGUCAGUCUGUGUCGGGCAGUGAGAGUGAACAAGAUGAAAAGAAUAGCAAUCGUAGCUAUGGCAACCACAGCAUGGAACCUGAACCUAAUUAUGAAAUCAUUGCCGAAUCUCGUAUCAACCAAACAAAUGCUCCAGAGGAACAUAUGGACUUCGAUCAACCGCUUGAUCUCACCGUUGACAGAACACCAACUCACAGUCGCGGUGGAUCUCCAAAUCAACGAAAUUUUGUCGCCAAGGCAUCACCGUUAACAAUGCACCUGCCAACAACACCCAUGCGAAAUAACAACCUGCCCUUCAUAAAAAUGGAACCGUCUGCCAAUGUUCCUAUUAAAACCGAGCCAGAUUUUCAAAUGCAGGUUCCGACGACUAGCGUUUCUAUAGCAACCCUACCUACACAUGAAAAUUUAACAGAUGUUAAUAAUCAAUUGUUUUUGAAUGGAAUCGGAAACCUUAUUGCCAUGCCCUUUAUGCCCUCGCCUCAAAUGUUGGAAGGAGUCCGAACAAAUUUAAUCAGCAUAAAAGCAGAACCCCAAAGCUGCCCUUCUCCCGUACCACAGGUCCCUGUACCUCCACGGCGGAUGAAACCUGGUCGCAAACCGAGAGGAGGUGGAGUUGCUCGUCCACAGAAAACACAACCUGGGGAGAUGAAAAUCAUUGCUGAAAACACCCUUUUUCCUGGCGUAUACACCAGUAUCUUGAAGCUUCCGUGGAGUCGCAGAUCCAGAAAUAAGCCUCCACUAACAGCCAAGCCGCAAACUACUUCCGCUAUAACGGUGACUGCGCAACAUACACCAGUAGUUGAUUCAUCGGUAUCGAUACCGUCCUCGGUUCUGCCUCCAAGUUCAGCUUCUCCUAACCCAAAUAACACACUUCUCCUUCCCGCUAGUUCUCAAACCAUUAUGUCGGCUACCACGUCCCAGUCGGUCAUGAUGGUUUAUCCAAAUGCCACCAUAUCUGCUGUAGGGAAGCCAGUACGACGCAGGGGUCGACCUCCAAAACUACCUGUCCUCUCCCAUCUGCUUUCAGAAAAAAAGGCGAAGAAAGUGACCGCAGAGACCCACGUUACAAAUGUUCGAGAUAUGGUGGUGCCGAUUCCUGCAGUAGUAACCAAGGCAGCACCUUUAGUACCUUGUAGUCAAGUACACGCUUCCUCAUCAUCAUCUCAUCCCGAGAUGCUGUCCCUCAUCAAGACGGAACCGACCUCGUCACCAAACGAUUCCCCAACUCAAACCUCUGUCCCAGAAUCAAACAUCUCCUCCGUUGAACAGAAUGGCUCCAUAUAUCAAGAAAUGCUCCUUUCUUCAAAAUCUUUAGUCAACAUUCGACCGAGACGACGACAGUCAACUGAGGUCAAACGUGGCAGCGAUUUCAUGUGGACGUCUUUUAAAAUCAAACCAAGGGGUGGAAGGGGCACGAGGGGUCCGGACAGGCGAAAAAAAAACUUGUUGACUCCAACUGAAUCUGUGUCAACUGAAGAGGAAUUUGAUAUACAGCAAGCAGACAUGGACACGGAUGAUGUUUGCGUUUCUCCGAAUAUGUUUCAGGAAUUGUUUCACUGUAAGAUUUGUAACGCUAUUUUACCAGCAGAUGGGAAGAUCGAACAUCAACGAGAACACCAUCCAAUGAUGAUAAAGUGCGCCACCUGCAGCACUCCAUUCAUUGGCUAUACCCACAAAGAUUUUGACGUUGAGAAAGCGAAGCUAAAUUGCGAACUAUGUUCGAAAAAAACACUGACAGUUUCAAAUGGCAGCAUAAAUGCAAAUGGCAGCCAAAGCAUUUCCUGUGAUCUUUGUGACGGUUUGUUCAAAUCGUUUCAUGCGUUCAGCGAUCAUAGACUCAAAGUACAUGGCAACGAGAAGAUAACUCUAGACACUCAUUCAUGUGAGGAAUGCGGGAAAAUAUUCUUUACGACAAAAGGUCUGAAUCACCAUAUGAAAACCCAUUCAGACAAAAGCAAAUCACAAGCCGUUGAAAACGGUUCAAAGUUGUUCCGUAUGCAGGCUGAUGAACAGACAGAGAAUAAGGAUGAGGAGUGUGACGAUAAAUUUCAAGAAAAUUGUGAACUUGAAGAACAUUUACAUAUCAAACAUUCGACAAGUGGACAAAAUGUCUGCCCGUGGCCGGGAUGUGAAAAGGAUUUUACGUGUGAGCAUGAUCUCAAACUUCAUGUUUUGAUACACAAAGAUGAAAAACCAAUGAAAUGUGAUUUUUGCGAGUAUCGCUGUCGACAACGAAAUGCGUUAAAUUGGCACAUGAGAAAGCAUCCAGAGGCUGCAUAUAAAUAUCGUAAAUACGCCGCUACUUUAGGCGGGGACUGAUUCAGAUGUAAUAAAUACUCCCUGGUUAAUUAUUCAGUGAUGGGAUAAUAAAUACUCCCUGGAAAAUUACUCGCAAUAAAUACUCCCUGGUAAAUACUCGCAAUAACUGCUCACUUGGAACUGAAAUUUUCUGUUUGUUCAUUCGCUCGUUUGUGAGGCUUAGUGGCUUUUUCCAUCAAGGGUGAUAUCGUAGACAAAUGUUUUUUCUAGGAAAAUUGCCAAAAGAGCCGGGAGUAUUUAUUGGUUGAUUGAGUCUGGGUGUUACUAAUUAUAAAACUUAAUAUGUAUCUCCAGAUCCUUUUCAAGCAGACAGCUAUUGAAGAGUCUUGGUAAUCAAGACUGAAAGAGACGUAGAAAAAUUUUGUUGUCAUUUCAUCUCAUCUCAUUCUCCAUCUUUUCUACAUCUUGGUUAAAUGUUUUUAAAAACAAAUUUGUCGCUGUAAUUUGCUCCCAAAUCCCCUCAUUAAGCGCAACAACUAGCCGAGGGAAAUGGCUGCUUCAUGCAAAUUAUUCUGUGAGAGUUGUCGUCUGACAUAUAAAUUUAUGUUAAUUUAUAAAUAAGUUAGACAUCUUGGAUUUGUUACUUUAAGGCAAAACAAACAAAAAUAUUCCAGUUCUCACCCAAUCCUUACCAAAAAUCUAAUGUAGGAGGACAUAAAUUCAAGACUAAUAUGGCCCCCCCACAAACUUUGUAAGAAUAUUGACUUUUCUAGGUUCACCCAGUCUGGUGUACUCAUAGGCCUCUUCUUAGUCCGAGGGUGUCGGCUGGCCGAAGGGUUAACGGGUACACAUUGUAUCAUAAACUUGAACGUGACGAGGAGAAGGGUCCCCUGUGCAACCUCUUGGGUUUUCACUGGGUCCUCCAGUUUCCUCCCACUGCUAAAGACCCCUAUGGCCAAGCGAAUAAUUGAAAUAGAAAAUUUGAACCAUAUGUUAGUCCCUAAAUGACCUAGUUUAUGUCGUGUGGACGUUAAACCCGAUUUCUCUCUCUCCCUUCUCAGUCCAUUCUGAAAUCAGAUUUAAAAAGAUGGUAAACUCCACACCUGAACAUUCAAAUAAAACUGUAGACAUUAUUGAAUUGUGUUUGUAUCUUCAGAUGAAAAUCUGCCUUCGUUAAAACUGUCACAAAUACUACAGAAAUUUUGUAGACAGACUUGGAAUAACUGUGGUGUAACAUCUCAUUCUUUCUCACUAAUUGGGGUAACGAAGAAGUGCAUACGUCAUGCUAUGAGUGACAUAUGUCAUGCUGUAGGUGACAUAUGUCAUGCUGCAGGUGACAUAUGUCAUGCUAUAGGUUUCAUAAGUCAUGCUAUAGGUGACAUAUACCAUCCUGUAGGUGACAUAUGUCAUGCUGCAGGUGACAUAUGUCAUGCUAUAGGUUUCAUAAGUCAUGCUAUAGGUGACAUAUACCAUCCUGUAGGUGACAUAUGCCAUGCUGCAGGUGACAUAUGUCAUGCUAUAGGUGACAUGUGCCAUGCUAUAGGUGACAUGUGCCAUGCUAUAGGUGACAUAUACUUCGCUAUAAGUGACAUCUUCAUUACUCCAGUUAGUGCAGAAAGCAGGGCCCUGUUUCCCGAAAUCUUAACUAAACUUAAAAUCCAAAUUUUAGUAGAUACUUCAAUUUUGAUUGGCUAAGCACUAAAAUCAAUCUAAUAUUAUCCAAUCAAACUACUUAAAUUUGGAUUUUAUCUUAGUUAAAAUUUUGUAAAACAGGCACCAGGACUUUAAAACUUCAUUUCAUUUGAAUUCAUUUCUCAGUUUGUUUCCAGUGCCAAAUUGUGCCUUAUAGCAUUUUACUAUUAAUUGUGAUAGAUUUUUAUAUUGUAAAUCAUAAAAUAUUGUUUUAAUCAUAUAAGUUUAUUUAAAUCACAAUUUACUUUCAUAUUUGAUAAAAAUCGCUCAUUUUUACAUGUUUUUUUAAAAGCAAUUGUAUUUUAUUUUUUACUUAAACAUAUAUAUCAAGAAACUUUUUUUUUUUAAAAUUCGAAAAAUCUAUUUUAACUUUGUAUUUGUUGAAAUUAAAUAUUUGAUAUAAUAUGUAUAUUUUGUUUAUUGCUUAAAUUAAAUAUUACUUUUUUCUGCAAUAUAAAGUUUUAGCAGUUAAAUAUUUAACAAUUAUUCAUAAUGGUCGAUAAAAUUAAACAUAUAUUUUUAUUGAAUUGGUACUUCCAACAAAAUCUGUGUUUAAACACUAGUCACGACAGACAUGGAUUAGCAUAUGGCAUAUGCCUGUCAUUAUUAGCUCAGUUGAUACAUAAAGCCUUUCAUUUGCUAGACAUACUGUAUGUACAUUCUUUGAAUGGUAUUUACUAAUUGGAACAUAAUCAAAUAACACACUAUUUAUGGAUAACAAUUACUAUGUGUGACUUUCAACAAGAUUUCACAAGUCAUUAUCAAUCAUAUAACACAAAAAAAAAAAAAAAAAAUGAAAAAAAAAUGAUUAAAAUAAUGACUUGUGAAAUCUUGUUGAAACGCACAGUGAAAUAAACCAUAGUAAUUGUAAUCCAUAAAUAGUGUGAUAUUUGGGCACUGUAUGUACACAUUCUAUAAGAGAAUAGUUUUUUUUAACAUGUGAAAUCCUUAAAUGAUAAGUUUCAUCAGGUGUUCUAUAAAAAAGAGUCUGAGCUCCUUUAAUGAAUAAUUGGGUAUAAUUAUAUAUGGUGCUGAAAGUACAGAUAUAAUAUAUUGUACCAGAAAGUUUUUGUGCUGCUGCGGGGGAAUGUUUUGUUGCCUGGCAACCUAUUUUACUAGGAAGCUUUUGAAAGGGUUAGGAUGAUUUAUUGCUUAAAUAUAUAAAUACAAUUGUAAAUUUAAUGUAUGUUGUUGAUUUUUGUUGUUGAAAUAUUUUUAUGCAUAAAUAAAAAACACUGCCAAAUGA